UUUGGUUCGUGAUAACAAAAAUACCUAUUGUUAAAUUUUUCCUCCAGUGAAGUCACAUUUCCUUACUUGUGGCAAACAGAUUGCAGUUAAAACAGUUGACGAAAGGGGGCGACAGUCUGCAAACGUUUUAUUCCGCGAAGAAGAACAGCUGGCUGUGUGAAUUUGAAGCGUAGAAGAAGAUAGACGGACUGUAUCCAAGUGUCAACAUAAUCUAAAAAAAAUAUAUAUAAUUCAUAUGAGAUCGCUCAUAUUUAAAUAUUAUAUUUCUUCUUUCUACGUACUUUAAGUAUGUCGAGGCUUUCCUCGUUCUUUCGCUGCGUAUACAACAGCCUCGCGAGUGGCGUGACGCGUCACAACUCCUCCGGUGUCUCUUCAGUGUUGAAGCCGGCUCAGAGUGGACCUGCCCGGGUCGCGGUCGCCGGAAAGAAACACCUGGUCCCCCUGGUUCACCUGGAGGAAGACGAGCUGGAAGAGCAGUUCGUGCGGGGCUCUGGACCCGGGGGACAGGCCACCAACAAGACCAGCAACUGCGUGGUGCUCAAGCAUAUCCCCUCUGGGAUUGUUGUCAAGUGCCAUCAAACCAGGUCAGUGGACAUCAAUCGGAAGCGAGCGCGGGAGAUAAUGCAGCAAAAACUGGACGUUUUCUAUAAAGGAGAGCGCAGCGACAUCCUGGUUAAGAAGAAAGAGGCGGAGGCCAAGAAACAAGACAAACGCAGGAGAGCCAACGAGAACUUGGAGAGGAAGAGACUGUUCAAAGAAGGCCUCCUAGUCCAGGCCGCUCCCGAGAACGACUCUGUUUGAAAUCGCUAUGGAUGCUUGUAGCGUUUCGGGUGAUCUUUUUAGUUUUCAUAUAAAUUGAUUGUCGUCUAA